AUGCCCACUAAAGUAGAUCUAGGGGGGACAUCGGAUCAUAUCGCUGAGGCAUUAAAUGGCCUUUUGCGGCCACAUAAACCUCCAAAAUCGGAGGAAUCUGCAGCAGAGCUGAAUGAGCACCUGGUUGCAACAGCCAAACGUCUAUUGAUGACCACCAUAGAAUACGUGACUGCUGAAAGUGGGAAGAGUGAUGUCCUCCAGAAACUCAAGUCCAAAUACAUUGUGUUGAAUGAUGUACCCAAAUACAAUGGGGCGGGUAGCUCCAGCCUUACUCCUCAGAAUGGAACUCACCCUGCAGUGAUGCCUGGAUUGACGGACCUACAUGUGGAUGGUGGGAAACCAUCAUCGGACACUCUUCCAGAUGAAAUUGGUGCUCCUCAAGCUGUCCUAUUCCCGCUUGAGAAGGUGAUUGUGGGAUGGGCUAAAAAGUAUCCUGUUGGUGCUGGUUUUUACAAUAUGGGAAACACAUGCUACAUGAAUUCCUCCUUGCAGGUCAUGAUCCACUGUCCUUCAUUUAUCAACUGGCUCAUGAAUCCAGAGAAUCAUGUAGCCAAAUGUAGAGCUAAAAUGGGAGAUGCAGGGCCUUUCCACUGUACCAUAUGCCCCAUGUAUGAGACUGUCAGGGAUUCCCAUGCCAACUCAGGACGAGCUACCAAACCAUAUAGUAUAGUUUCCAAUCUGCGAUGGAUUUCCAAAACGUUCAACCUUGGAAGGCAGGAGGAUGCUCAUGAAUUCAUGCGUUUCUUCAUCCAAAGCAUGGAAAAGUCCUACCUUUUGAAUGCUCAUGCUACUAAGCUUGAUGGACGGAGUCAGGAGACAACACCAUUGAACCAAAUCUUUGGUGGCUAUAUGAGAUCUCAGGUGAUGUGCCUGAGGUGUCGAAAACCCUCUAAUACGUACGAUCACUUCAUGGACCUCCUUGUGGGUUUGAGUAUUCAAAAGUACUCCAGCAACCUCGUGGACAUCUUAGAAGGUCACUUCCGACGGGAGCGCCUGGAGGGGGACAAUGCAUACAAGUGUGCCAAUUGCAAGACCAAGGUAUCAGCAACCAAGAAGCUCUCCAUUGCCCGUCCUCCCAAUGUCUUGCUCAUUGUUCUCAAAAGGUUCAGUGAUACAGGCUUCGGCAAGAACUGCAGGGUCGUACAAUAUCCAAUGACCCUGGACAUGGGAACGUUCCUGAGUGCUCCAACAUUCCGCACUGAGGCCCAAUACAGACUGACUGGGGUUGUUUCCCACAUAGGCUGCAGUCCCCGGUCAGGCCAUUACACUGCUGUUGCUAGGGCCAGCAAUGGCCAAUUGUACCUCUUUGAUGACAGUUCAGUCCGGCCAGUGCCACCCAACACUGCCUUAUCUCAGGAAGCAUACAUUCUCAUGUAUGAGAAAGUGAAACUGAACCCCCCUGUUAUUCACACUAAUAUCCCUAGUCCAAGACCUGAGCUCAAAUUCCAGUCUUCUUCAUCUCACACAGUAACAACUGCCUCCACUAAUGGGCACUUAGGCUCUCCUUUGCUGAAACCGAAGCCUGGUAUCAUAACGGGUACUACAUUCAAGAUCCAAGGUCCAGUUGUCAAGCGGCCAUUGCUGGGUGUGGUGUCCAAUGGGAACCCCAAACCUCCCCCAUCAGCCACAUCCCUUGCCCCUCUUUCAACCCCUCCAGUAAGCCUUGCCAAUGGCACAAGGAUCCCUGAUGUAAAGGAGACUUCACUCGUCCCCUACGGAGAUGCUGAAGAUUCAGAUGAAGAUCAUAGCCCCAAGUCCACUCCCCCUCGAGUACCUCAGCCCACGUCCUUCCCUGUUGUAGGGGUCUCACCCACGGUCUUAAAUUGUGAUAAGAAAGAAGCUGGACUCCAAAUGCUCCCUCGAAAUGUUCAACUGAAAAAAUUGUCCACCAUUAACAAUUCAGUUGAUAAGACUGCGAAAUCUGACAGUGCAAGUGUUGUUGCUACUUCUUGUGGACUGUGGACUGUGACUGACACAAAGGAUGAUAAAGCAAAGGACAAUGCUGUGUCCGAAGUGAAAAGAUUCCAUAAUAUGCGUGCUUCGUUUGACAGGGAACGCAAGAAGCAGAACUACGAAUGGGUGGAGGUAACAAAGGAUGUGAAAUCUCAGUCUCAGGAAAGGACCAAGGAAGAAAAGGACGUCGUUAAGGAACUCCUCGAUGUUCCUCCCGGUGGAUAUGGCUCUUCUGUGCUAUCAUGGGACGGAAGACCUAACAAAUUAGACACAGCAUUAAAGCAAUCUCAGGAAGAUGAACGCCGACGACACAAUUCUGGGGACUCGUGGGAUAAGGACCUGGACAAGGGAAAGAUGAAGAAGUCCAAAUAUUGGGAUGAGGAGAGGGGAGAGAGGGAAAACAGGUUCCAGAACUUGCAGAACGAAAGGAAUCGAAGUCACAGUCAUGACCGCCACGAGUGGCAGGACGACUCCCGGCGAUUUCAUGACAACCGCCGUUCCCACGACCACGAACCGAACACGAAGAUCCACGAGUCGCCUCAUCGCACUCCGCGACUCGUCACGAAUUCAUUUCCCCCCAACGACCCCCGCACAGAGAAUUUCCUGAAAUUCCAGGAGCUGGAAAAGAUUCCACCGAGACCAUCAGGAAAGAGCUGA